AUGAGUUCAAGGAAAUGUAAUACUUAUGCAGUUCAAGCGGAUCUUGAUGAAGAGACCAUUGAAGAGUUAAAGGAGCAAUUAUCAAAAAGAAAGGCUGAUUUUGAAGCUUUAUUGAAAGAAAAUAGAAACCAAGUUGUUGAAAUUUCAAUUUUGAGACGUCUUCGAAAGCGUUUUAUUGACGAAAUUGAAGAGAGCAGCACUAAGGAAGAUGAGAUGGAAGUUAAAGAAGAACCAGAAGUUCCAAGAGACGUUGGCCUUUUGACGAUCCUUGUUUUCUCUCUUUCGAUGGUUGCUUUCUACUAUUUUUGUUCUUACUUAGUUCGAAAGUACAGUCUUGGCUAG